UACAGUACUAACAGCAGUGGUCGAAAUGAUUUUACUCUUUCUUUUUGUUUUAAUUAAUUAUAGUACCGCAACCGAUUUGGACAUUAUAAUAAGAAGUUCAAUGGAUACCAUAUCUAGUUCAUUCAAUAAACUUAUGGAAGAUAUCAAAAACUUUUUUAUGUGUAAAUAUGAAGCACUGUUACAUAGGAAGUUGAUAACCAAAAAUGCGUUCAACAAGUUUAUUUCUGAAACGUUUAAUAAAUCUGCUAAUAAAAAGUGUCAAUAUGUUUCUAGUAGAUCAGAAACGUCUAAAGCAAAUAUCGGUAAGUUUAAUGGUAAAACAAAACAAUUUAAACAAAAUUUAGACAUUGACAUGACAAAAUUAAUAACGUUUCAUGGAUAUAGACUUGAAACACACACAGCUCUCACACCGGAUGGGUAUUUGUUAACAUUACAUAGAGUAUUUCUACGGGACUCAACUGGGAGAGAAAUGAAAAAAGUGUUACUACAUCACGGGCUUCUUGGAAGCUCAGAAGAUUGGGUGAUUCUUGGAUCAAAUAAAGCACUUCCAUAUUUACUGUGGUUAUCGGGUUAUGACGUUUGGAUGACGAAUGCUAGAGGAAACAAAUUUUCGAAGGCGCAUAGUGUUCUCCCGGUAGACUCAGAAGAAUAUUGGGACUUUUCUUUUCAUGAAAUUGGAAUAUAUGAUAUUGCAGCUGCUAUUAAUUACAUCAGGGAUAUCGGCGACAGCACCGCAGAACUUCACUACGUCGGGUACUCAAUGGGAGCUACGGCGUUGCUGGUUCUGUUGUCUACUCACCCAGAAUACAAUAAUAUUUUAAAAACGGCAACUUUACUGGCCCCUUUAGCAUUUAUGUCCAAUGUCAAAGGUACGAUUAGAUAUUUUGCAGACGUCGAAAAAUACGGCUAUAUUGACGAUUUAGGCCAUAAGGAUUUUCUUGCAAACGUAAGCAUUCCAAACAAAGUUUUCCACAAAUUUUGCGUUCAUGAUCACAGAUUAUGUCUUAAAUCGAUACUUUUAUUUGCGAAUGGCGGAGAAGAUAUAUUAAAUAAAGAUCUUAGGAAUGACAUAAUGACCCAUGCUUCAGAAGAAGGUUCUGCCAAGACAUUGAAGCAUUAUGUUCAGUUAAUAAAUAGCGGUCAAUUUCAAAUGUACGACUAUGGGCCGGAUAAAAAUAUGAAGAAAUAUGGAAUGAGAUCUCCUCCCAGCUAUCGUUUGAAUGAUGUCACAUUACCAAUAGCUAUAAUAACAUCAAUAGAUGACUGGAUCUCUACAAUAGGGGACAUAACAAAUUUAUUGCCAUUUUUUUCCAAUCUAAUUGGUCACCACGUUGUAAAGAGAUACAAAUUUAGCCACACUGACUUUUUGUGGGCAGAAGAUGCACCGCAACUCGUUUACAGCCUCGUCUUAGAUAUAUUAUCUGAUCCCCAGGCUUCGAGGUUCCAAAAUGAAAAUAUUCUUCGUAAUAAUCUCAUCGUGAACUAAUUGUGAUAGGUAUCAAUAUUACUAUCAUAAUCAACUUAUUUUCUGAGUUUCUGAGUUAUACUUUUAUUGUAAUGCAAAUAUAGUAUUAGUACAUGUUUUUGUAAUUAGUUGAUUAAAAUUAGACUAGUUGAAUAAAUGGUGUAUCGUUAUUUUAGUUAAAAAAAAAGUCAUUUGAUGUUGAUGUAACCAAUGAUGAUGAUGUUUUUUGAACCAAAAUGAAGUACU